CACAGAGGAAGGCUGUGCUUCUCUGGUCUCAGCUCUGAGGUCAAACCCCUCACACCUGAGAGAGCUGGACCUGAGCUACAAUCACCCAGGAGACUCAGGAGUCAGACUGCUCUCUGCUGGACUGGAGGAUCCACACUGCAGACUGGAGAAACUCAAUGUGGAACAUGGUGGAGAGAACAGAAUGAAACCUGGACUUAGAAAAUAUGUCUGUGAUCUCACACUGGACCUAAACACAGUAAACAGACUCCUCUCUCUGUCUGAGGAGAACAGAAAGGUGACAUGGAGGACAGAGGAGCAGCCGUAUCCUGAUCACCCAGAGAGAUUUGAGGACUGUGGACAGGUGCUGUGUAGAGAGGGUCUGACUGGGCGCUGUUACUGGGAGGUAGAGUGGAGUGGGAGAAGGGCUGAUAUAGGAGUGACAUAUAAAGGAAUCAGCAGGAGAGGAGGGGGUGAUGACUGUUGUCUUGGACACAAUGACAAGUCCUGGAGUCUGUCCUGCUCUGACAACAGUUACACUGCCUGGCACAAUGAUAAUCCCACUACCAUAGACGUCCCCUCCUCCAGCUCCCACAGAGUAGGAGUGUAUCUGGACUGGCCAGCCGGCACUCUGUCCUUCUAUAGAGCCUCCUCUGACACACUGACCCACCUGAUCACAUUCACCUCCACAUUCACUGAGCCCCUCUAUCCAGGGUUUAGGGUUUAUGUGAUGACUCCUCAGUGUCCCUGA